AUGUCGGGGCAGCUGCCCUACCGCUGCCCCCGCUGCGGUGACCACAAGCGCUUCCGCAGCCUGUCCUCGCUGCGCGCGCACCUCGAGUACAGCCACACGUACGAGACGCUCUACGUCCUCUCCAAGUCGUGCCGCGUGCCGGGCGGCCUGGGCCUCACCGGGGCGGGCCGAGCCGCGUCGGCCAUAGCGGCCAGCGGCGCGGCCUCCCGCGGCGGCGGAGGAGGCGGCGGUGUGGGAGGAGGAGGCCGCGGGCCGCUGGCCUUGGCGACCGGAGGAGGAGGAGCCGCCUCGUCGUACGAGCGCGGCGCCGCCGCCGCCGCCGCCGCCGGCGCCGAGCUGGCGGGCCGCAGGGCCGGCCGGCUGGGAGGGGACGCGCGCCUCUGGGUGGAGGGGCCCGUGCGCAAGGUGGGGCCCGCGACGGAGACCGGCGAGAUGCUCUGCGAGGUGCUGGUGCGACGGCCCACGCGCCACGCGUGGUACAGCGACCCGCCGGAUAAGCACUACCGCGCGGCGGCGCGCCUACGGCCGCUCGCGGCGCCGCCCGCGCCCGGACGAGACAACUGCCGUGAGCGCGACAGCGGCGGCGUCGGCGGCCGCGGCACGGCAGGGGAGGAGGAAGAGGAGAAUGAGGAUGAGGAGGAGGAGGACGAUGACGACCGGGACGAGGACGAGGCGGCAAGCGAGUCCUCGGGAGGCCGGGGGCCGGCGGUCCGCACGUGCCGGCUGGAGGCCGAGCUGGUGCGGCAGGCGGCCGACCUGGGCGAGGCGCAGGCACGCUCGCGGCAGCUGGGCCGCGAGAAGGAGGAGCUGGCGCGGCGUGUGGAAGAGCUGUCUCGCCAGGUGGACGCCAGCGCCGGGAUGAUCGCCGCGCUGCGCCAGGAGCUGCUGCGCAAGGAGAGGGAGCUGCACACCAAGGAGCAGGAGGCGGCUCGACUCACCGAGUUCCUGCAGGCCACGGCAGAGCGUGAGGGCCAGGCCAAGGUGGAGCUGCAGCGAUUCAUCGAGGGGCUGCUCGACCGAGCGGAGAGGGCCGAGGGUCGACUCCUGGCUCUGGGCGCCGCCACCGUCGCCGCCGGACACAAUCCCGCGCCAUCCAGCGUCGAUGCCAGGACCGCAGCGGUGGCCCAGACCGGUGGGCCAGAGCCAACGACUUCUGGCUCUGAGCAGCAGGCCCGCGCUCGCCUGAACAGCGGCGAGGGGAAAGAAGAGACCAAGGGCAGCGAUUUCACCACCACCAGCAAGAAACGACACGACAGGGCACGUGGACGCAGCCCCCAGCCCGGCAAGGGCCCCGCGGCAGCGCAGAGCGGCGCGGAGAGCGGCGGCGGCGACGCCGACGGCAAGGCCGCCGGGGGGUCUCGGGGCGGGGCCGGGCGAGGGGGGAGCGCCCCCCCCUCGUCGCUGCGUGCGGCACCCCCCCCGGCGGCGUCUCGCUCGCGCUCCGGCUCGCGGUGUCCCCGCGCGUCCGCGGCGAGCUCGGCGGCCCUCUCCGAUGGCACGGAGAGCGGAGUCUCCGAGGCGUCGGGGUCCGGCUCCGGGAGUCCCGGUGGCAGUCGCGGCGGUGGUGCCCGCGACCCACGGCGACGCUCCGAACCAGCGGGAAUCCAGCACUGCCCGGCGAGCAUCGGCGCUGGGUUGCCGCGUGGAGCUGGCCGCUCGCGACGCGGGGAGGAUGCCCUCUGCCUCGUCUUCUCCUACCUGGACGUCCGCUCCCUCCUUGUGGCGGGGGAAGUGUGCGUGGAGUGGAACACGGUGGCGCGGAGCCCCAGGCUCUGGGCUCGAGUUGUCCUGGAGAACGCUCGCGUCUCCUCCAAGUUCUUGGUGUCGCUGUCCGCACGCUGCUCGCUCUGCCGGAGCCUCGUGCUGCACAACCUCAAACCACGGCCGCGGCGCAAGGGGGAGAGCCGCGAGGAGCACGCCGCCACCACGCGGGGCUGCCUGGAGGCUGGGCUGGAGGCGCUGAUGAAGGUGGCUGGCCCUCGCCUGCUGGCGCUGAGGGUGUCCGACUGUCCCCACGUACUCACAGAGCGCGUGCUGUGGCUCGCCGGCUGUCACAGCCGCAAGCUGCAGGCACUCACCUACAGGAGCAGCACGGACCCCGUGAGUGCCCAGGGGCUGUGGUCGCUGAGCGCCGGCUGCCCGGAUGUCGUCUCCCUGCAGGUGGCACCCGGCUACCCAUGCGCCCAGGAGGAGCUUUUCGACAACGGCUGCCUCCAGAUGAUCGGUCGCUGCUGGCCCAACCUGCGAGCGCUGGGGAUCGGAGGUCGUGGCUGUGACAUCCAGGGCCUGGCUGCUCUCGUGCGUAGCUGCCGCGAGCUGCGGGGGCUGGAGCUGGACCGCGUGCUGGAGCUGAGCCAGGAGGGAGCGGCGGCGCUGUGCGAGCCGCCCGGCCUGCGCUGCCUUGAGGUGCUGGCGCUCGUCUUCACGCCCGUCACACCGCGCGCACUCCUGCACUUCUCCGAGUGUUGUCCUUCGCUCAAGUCGGUGCUGGUUCACGUUGGGAUAUCCGACUACUUCACCGACGCCGACGACCCGGAGAGCCAGAGGCUCUACAGGGAGCUCAUGGACAAGCUGCAGGCACUGAAGAAAAGGCCAGAACUGGCCAACGUGUUGCACAUCAAGGCGGACUAUGGCUGAGGGCAUCGAGGAAGCACGGAACACAAUUCCUAAGGGGGAGGGGGGGGGGAGCGGGGAGGAAA